AUGGAGUUGGAUCUUUCACCGAGAUUACCAAAGAAAGUGUACGGAGGAGACGGUGGUUCAUACUUUGCAUGGUGCCCUGAAGAGUUACCAAUGCUACGUGAUGGUAACAUUGGAGCUGCUAAGCUGGCUCUAGAGAAGUAUGGCUUAGCUCUUCCUCGCUACUCUGAUUCUUCCAAGGUCGCUUAUGUUCUUCAAGGAUCUGGAACAGCUGGAAUUGUUCUCCCUGAGAAAGAGGAGAAAGUUAUUGAAAUCAAGAAAGGAGACUCCAUAGCUUUACCCUUUGGUGUAGUGACAUGGUGGUUCAACAAUGCAGACACAGAGCUAGUCAUUCUCUUCCUCGGUGAGACGCACAAGGGUCACAAAGCAGGACAGUUCACCGACUUUUACUUAACCGGAUCCAAUGGAAUCUUCACCGGUUUCUCAACUGAGUUUGUAGGCAGAGCAUGGGAUCUCGAUGAGACAACCGUGAAGAAGCUUGUCGGGUCUCAGACAGGUAAUGGGAUUGUGAAGGUUGAUGCGAGUUUGAAGAUGCCUUCACCUAGGAAAGGUGACAAAGAAGGGUUUGUGUUGAACUGCUUGGAGGCUCCUCUUGAUGUUGAUAUCAAGGAUGGAGGAAGAGUUGUUGUGUUGAACACAAAGAAUCUUCCCUUGGUAGGUGAAGUUGGAUUUGGUGCUGAUCUUGUGAGGAUUGAUGGACACUCGAUGUGUUCUCCAGGAUUCUCUUGUGACUCUGCUCUUCAGGUUACAUACAUUGUUGGUGGUAGCGGUCGUGUUCAGGUCGUUGGUGCGGAUGGGAAGAGAGUUCUUGAGACUCAUGUGAAAGCUGGAGCUUUGUUUAUUGUUCCUAGGUUCUUUGUUGUGUCCAAGAUUGCUGAUUCUGAUGGCUUGUCUUGGUUCUCCAUUGUGACUACUCCUGAUCCCAUUUUCACGCAUUUGGCGGGGAAGACAUCGGUGUGGAAGGCAUUAUCGCCGGAGGUUUUGCAGGCAGCGUUUAAGGUGGCUCCGGAGGUGGAGAAGGCUUUCCGAUCUAAGAGGACUUCUGAUGCCAUUUUCUUCCCUCCACCCAACUAA